AUGCGUUAUAAUUUAGCUCAUGUGUGCGAAGCAUCAUUUGAAUUUAAUAAAACUGAAACAUUAUAUAAAGAAAUUUUACGUGAACAUUUAAAAUAUGUUGAUUGUGUACGUCGUUUGGGUUCUACGGUACAUGAUCGUGAUCAAAUUUAUAGUGCAUCUCAUUGGUUUAAAGAUGUACUAGAAAUUAAUCAUAAUUCACCGAAUGCAUGGACUAUGAUUGGAAAUAUACGUACGACAAAACAAGAAUGGAAACCUCGACAAAAGAAAUUUGAGAGAAUUUUAUAUAAUUCACAGACAACAAAUGAUUCGUUAUGCUUUAAUUUCAUUAGGAAAUAUAUGAUUACAAACUUUAUAUUUGCCGACAUGUGAUAAAGAAGGUGUAAGAUUUAUUUAAGGAAAUCAAACCUUAUUCUUCAAGAAGAUGGUUUAAAUUUCAAUUGCAUAAGUACUAUCCAUAAAUGGAUGUUUAGACAAAGAGAGAAGGGUGAAGUCAGUAAAAAAACGAACAUUUCUGGACAAGAGGAGUGCGAUUAGGCAUAUUUGGACGUCCGGAUGCUGAUUAUGAUUUUUUUUUGUUUUUUUCCAGCAUGUUUUCCGAAGUUUUCAAGUAAAAUUGGUUUUUGAGGGUUUACCCUACUAACACCGACAGUAAAAAUGUCGAAAAAAUAUAAAUACUGGAAACAAAAACAGUAAUUAUACCGAAACGUAGAAGUGUUGUAAAUGAAAGUAUAUGGAGAGAGAAAUCGCCCUUACUUCACUAUUACAUGAAGAUGACUUUCUUUUUUCUGAAUAACUUGCUUCAACAUAAAUAUAAUAAGGUAUAUUUAUUCGCAUCUAAAUAAUCAAACAAAAUAAUUUUCAUUUGCAAAAUUUUCUUAUCUUCUUAUUUGAAUUUGGUUCAGUAUCAGUUGAUAGUGUACCGUUUUUUUUCUUUUUUCUAUAUCUUAUCCAAUUAAAAUUUUCAGUUGGAUUAAAUUCCUAUUGACAAAAACUUUGUUCAAAUCAACAAUAAAUCACUUAUUGUCAUACUUGAAUUAGAUUGAUAUCAACCAAAAUGUAAUUGACAUGCACCUGAGAAUAAAAUUUCCAAUAUGAUCAACAGGAAUAUCAUCCUCAAACAACUUUCCACAAAUACCUUCGAAUAGUUAUUUCAUAUCCAUCUACCUGCUUUAAUGGAUACAAAUGCUUGUUUUCAAUCUUUUCCUCAUCGUUGUUUGUCCAGCUAAUACUUAAAUAAAUAAUUUUCUCAUAAAAAAAAAAAAAUUAUUUGAUAUCAAUGUACAUAAAUAAAUAUUUAAAUGAGUAAUAUCCACUUUAUAUCUAAUGAAAAUGAACAAAGAAAAUCAAUUAGAAGAUUAUAUUACAUAGGACAGUCAAAAAGUUCUCGGACUCAGAACAAAUUGUUCAAUUAAAAGACAUUCUAUUUCUUCUUCUACAGGAAAUGUUAGAAGGAGUCAUUGUCAUGUCAGAUAUCAAGUUCAAUUCAAUUUUGAAAUGUCUUUUCGUAUUUAUAGGAGGGUAUCAAGUUGAAGCCUCGGAUAAAACUUUAGUUAAAUUUGUUUCUUAAGAGAGACGGUCCAUGAGAACAUCGAACAUGGUCAUACUCUUGAAAAUUUUGAUCCCUAUAUUUUAUAAUUGGAAAUGAAAGAGCAAAGUGAGAAAUCUAUAAAUUCAAAAUUUUAGCUCAUUCUAGCUUAUCCCUAAAAAGUUAUGAAGUAUACACUGAAGGCACCCUCAACACGUUUUGAAAAAUAUUUUUUUUUUUUUACAAAAUUUGGUAAGUCAGUAUUUGGUUAUUAUUUCCACAAUAAAUUAUCAUAAUCUUUUCGAAUAAUAUACCAUUUGAUAGAGCAAAUUCUUCUUCACAAAACUGCAUAUGUCAUAUUGUCCUCAUCCUCCAUUUUCUAGGUACAACACCCUCAAAACUAGAUCAACCCUACGGUUUUUUUCGCAUUUUUUGUCUUGUUCUCUUUCUCAUUGUAAGCUCUACUUCUCUGCCAAUUCUAAUAGGCGCAGAGGUUUCUUUAUGGAUUUUGAUAGAGCAAAGAAAGAGCUAAUCAAUGAGUAUAAAAUGAUGAAAAUCAAAGUAGCACCAGACUUUCAUUUAAGCCACACAAGAUAUUCUACUACCGCGUCAAUUAUUGUAUUUUUCAUUAUUUUUCUAGAUUUUAUAUGCACAUCACAACUCUAAACUUUCUUUCAAAUGGGAUUUAAAUUAGAAUUUAUUUUUUUAGCGUUGAAAAAUGCAUCCGAUAGGCUAAUCCAAAUUUUUAAAAGUCAUCCAUAAGGAGAGAUUAGUGGUCACUUUAGAAUGUGUCCAGUACAAUCAAUACUUCCCACAACAGUCUUUUACAUAACCUACAAGCGAACUUGCUUAGUUGAGAUUGUGAGAUAGUACUCGAUUCAAAAUAUAUCCCAGAGAAAAGAGUUU